GUCAGGGGGAAGAGAAAGUAGGUGAGUUUGAGAGACUGGCCUCUGGGAGUGGAGAAUUCAUCCAACUGGGAGAUUAGGUGGAGCAGAGUGACACAUAGCAGGACCUGACAGUUGGAGUCUCUCCGUGGACAAGGGCGGCUGGGAGCUCAGUGACUGCCAGCAGCCUCAGCGGGGGAGUCUGGGCCUUCGCAACUUCCCCUUGUUCUCCAUCUCAGUCAGACUCGUCGAGAGGGAGCAGCUUUGGACGUUGGCACAGCCACUGACAGAGACAGACUUUCACACACAACACACACAUUACACACUGGAGCUAUGGGGACAGUGAGUGAACUUUGCGUGUCAAGCCUUCAAACAUUCUUGUGUCCAGCUGUGAAGCCGCCCCAGCAAGGUCCAGUGCCGGACGACCUCACCCCAGAGGAGCAGCAGGAGCUGGAGAAUAUCCGCCGGCGCAAGCAGGAGCUGCUGGAGGACAUUCAGCGGCUGAAGGAUGAGAUAGCAGAAGUGACAAGUGAGAUCGAGAACCUGGGUUCCACUGAGGAGAGGAAAAAUAUGCAGAGGAAUAAACAGGUGGCUAUGGGCCGUAAGAAAUUCAACAUGGACCCCAAAAAGGGGAUCCAGUUCCUGAUUGAGAAUGACUUGCUGAAGAAUACCAGUGACGACAUUGCUCAGUUCCUCUACAAGGGCGAGGGCCUCAACAAAACAGCCAUUGGCGAUUACCUCGGAGAGAGAGAUGAGUUCAAUAUCCAAGUCCUCCAUGCCUUUGUGGAGCUUCAUGAGUUCACAGACCUCAACCUGGUUCAGGCCCUAAGACAGUUCCUGUGGAGUUUUCGACUGCCGGGAGAAGCUCAGAAGAUUGACCGCAUGAUGGAGGCCUUCGCUCAGCGUUACUGCCAAUGCAACUCUGGUGUUUUCCAGUCCACAGACACCUGUUACAUCUUGUCGUUUGCCAUCAUCAUGCUAAACACCAGCCUCCACAACCCCAAUGUGAAGGACAAGCCUUCUGUGGAACGAUUCAUCUCCAUGAACAGAGGCAUCAACGAUGGAGGAGACCUGCCUGAAGACCUGCUCAGGAACCUGUAUGAGAGCAUCAAGAACGAGCCUUUCAAAAUCCCAGAGGAUGAUGGCAACGACCUCACACACACUUUCUUCAACCCUGACAGAGAGGGCUGGCUGCUAAAACUGGGGGGACGAGUAAAAACCUGGAAGAGGAGGUGGUUCAUCCUCACUGACAACUGCCUGUACUACUUUGAGUACACCACAGACAAAGAGCCAAGAGGAAUCAUCCCCCUGGAGAACCUGAGCAUCAAGGAGGUGGAGGAUAAGAAACCAAACUGCUUUGAGCUUUUCAUUCCUGACAACAAGGACCAAGUAAUAAAAGCUUGCAAGACCGAGGCUGAUGGACGUGUUGUGGAGGGCAACCACACCUUCUACCGUAUCUCUGCCCCCACUGCUGAGGAGAAAGAGGAAUGGAUGAACAGCAUCAAGGCUGCCAUCAGCAGGGAUCCCUUUUACGAGAUGCUGGCAGCCAGGAAAAAGAAGGUGUCGUCCAUGAAGAGACACUAGAGCUGCUCAGCACUCCUGACAUUGCACUUGACAGAGCAGGGGGUCUGGGUAUCUGUUUGCCCUCUCUGGGCCCGUGCAGAGGCCACGGUUAAGGUCUGUCUCAGACCCUUUCAAGGGGAUUUCUCUAGGAUACAUACUAGCUCUGGCUUUGGGACUCUAUGGGCCAGAAAAACAGGAAGCAUGCUGGGGUGUCUAGAUAAGAGUCAGGCCCAAAGCCUCCUGUCUGAAUGUCUCUCUUUCUCUCUCAGCUUUGUGUGUGCUCUCUGUCUCAGAAGCCGAAAAGGGAUUCUUGCUGCAGCAAAUUCCCCUUCGAAGAUGCUUUAUAAAAAAAAAACAAAAAAAACAAAAAAAACAAACAAUUUCCAUAUACAUUGCAUACAUACAUACAUACAUAUAACAUGCAUACACUCAUGCAGUCCCCUGUAGCACACAUCAUUUUAACUCAGCAGGUCUGACCGAGUGUGGUGCCCCAACCAAAAUAUUCCUCGCUUUAUGAAAGAAAAGUUAAGACCUUUUCUGAUGUGCUUUAAUAUGUUUGGGUAAUUUGUGUCUAUUUUUACAGCUUUUACUGUCAAUUCCUUUUGAGUCUUUUUUUUUUUUUUCGUUUGUUUGCUUUUGUAAACUAAAAUGGUCUUGCAACAGAAACUGCAGGGGGAGGUAGGGGGUAUAAUUUGCCAACUGUUAGUAAUUUUAUAGAAAAAAAAACAAAAACUUGUUUUUAAAAAAAAAAAAAAAAAAAAAAAAAAGAAAAAAAAAGUUGCCACUCAGGAGAUUGUUAUGAUGUUCUGAAACUUUUUAUGUCAGCGCUGAUGUGGACCCUGUUCACAACACAACAGCCAUGCGAGGAAUGAAAACCUCGUCUGUGUCCUAGACUGAACUGUUUUUGUAAAUGUGAAGCUGCAGCAUGGGGACGUACCGCUGCAGGUGAGGGUGUCUGCUUGUCUGGACAGGGUCUCAGUGUUGGAUCUGGCUCCUACUGUUCAUUUCCUGAAGGUCCUGGAGAUGCAUCCUGGGGAUUAGUGUCUAUUAAAGGGACAAGUGUCCAUCACCCUGGGCCUCAUUUUAUGGUCUUAGGUUGUCUGGAAAACGUAUAUGUUGGACCUUUUCCAUUUUCUCUCCCCAUACAUUUUGUUCUUGCUCUCCCCUUGUCUCAAACACAACACCACUUUCUAUUACUGUGUGAUGGAAAAAAAAAGCAAUUCAUUUGUUAGAGAAGUUACUUUAAUGCUGCACAGUGCCUGGCGCUCUAGAUGAAACGUGAUGAGAAAUGCUGCUGGUUAGCGACAGUAACUCAGUUUUUUUCCCACUCGAACAACAUUUAAUCUUUUUUUCCUGCCUUCGAUAUGCUUUUUAUUUGUGGAGGGUUACCUAUUAAAUGGUAAAACAAAUCUCAUGACAUUUUAGCCUUCGCCCAACCUCCUGAUCAUUGUACAAUAUAGUGUGCUUCAGGUUGUUUAUGUAUAAGACAUUAUAUAUGACAUAUUGUUGCAAAGGCUUUAAAGCAGCACAAAUAAAUGUGUGGUGAAGCUAUGCCUGGAAAGGAAUGGGUGGUCCCCAUCUCAGGAAGCGCGAUGUGAAACGAUACAAAACUACUGCUACUGUGUAUCAGGAAUGUACUGUGGUGAACCAAAAGAUGGAGUGCAGGGUGGCUGAUCGGUCACGCUAAGGCAGUGACGGUCAUCUUGUCAAAUAACAAAAACUGCGCUGAGAGGUACAAUUUUGCGAAUGCAGUAUGAGUUGUGCAUCAAGCGUAUGUCUUUUCUACUCUUGUCUACAGUCGUCUAUCUCUCUCUCUCUCUCUCUCUCUCUCUCUCUUUCAUCUGUGCCUGCUGGUCAUUAUCCUCGCUCCCUUCUCGUUUUUUUUCCUGGUCCUAUUCUUCUCUGCUCCUCUCAGCGCACUAAUCCUAGAGAAAUAAGGAAAAAUGCUAAACAAUCAUAAUUCUAGACAGUAUUGGUUUAUUUAUCAAGUUGUACAUACUUAAAUGUAUAGUGGGUAUUUUGUCUUAAUUUUGUUUAUUAGUUGUGCCAUUUUCUUUUAUUAUUCAGUAUAGUAAUGUCUGAUUUGAGGUUUCUAUCAUUGCCAUUUAAUCAAGCUGAAAUAAAGAUUUGUCACAAACACUGGCUGUAAAUGGCUUUUACACCACUGCAAGUCAAUAAACUCAUGCUAUAUAUUCCUCCAGCAGGUGGCAGUAUGUGAUAAGGACUGUAGAGGAACUCUGCUGCAAAGACAGUAACGGUAUUGCAGCAAAGUUUUACAUGCAUUAUUAUACUACAUAUUACAGUAGAAUUACUGUCAGGUCUGCAAAUUAAUCACUAAUAAAAUUAAAGGUUAGGCUCUUCAAUGUUCAUGAAUAUUGAAGAGCCUGCUACUUCAAUUUGGGAGUAGCUUUUGAUUGAAUCAUUCUAUUCUGUUCCAACUGUGCCCACAACUACCAAAGUUUGUAUUAUUCCAACCACAUUCAUUGUACCCGCUACAAAAAAACCCCCAAAUUCCUGUUACUGUUUAUAUCCAGCCUUUAUCUACAGCCUCAUAACUUUUUAUAUUUUUUCACAAGCUUGCUAUUAAAGUAUUUAUGGCACAAAUGUCGGGGCAUCAAGGAAAGGUCGAUAUUUACAAGUGAAUGUGUAUCAUAUUAAAUGAUGCCUGGAAAAGCAAUCAAUAGAAAUGACUUUUUCUCAAUGGAACGGGCGGGCAGGCAGAAAACAUUUCAUGUGGAUUAAACACACGUAUGCAUUUCUUUGGAUUUAUCUUUGUGUCUACUCAGACUAACACAUUUUGGGUUAUAUCAAGUGGUUUUAUGACCUCACCUGGAGGUACGGGGUUGUGCCAUCUGUCAUUGAAAUGAGAAACAGUGAAUGCCUUAUUUAGAAUGAUAUGAAAACACUAUUUUAAUAUUGCAAUAUAAGUGAUGGAUGGGCUACAAGGUUGCAGCAGUUGCUCUUUAAUUUGACUCAGAUUUUUUUAUUGUCUACGCUGAACUCCACAUUUUCUAUCAGACGCUGAAUAGUCUGCAAAAAUUUGCUGAUAAAUACAGAUCAGCUUUUCAGCCUUUUUAUAAAUCUUUCGGCUAUAAAACCGGUUUUCAGAAUAAAAAAAUUGGCUAAAUUGUACAGACACAUGUUAGGCCUACACUGUAGUCAAAGGGCUGCAGAGAACCUUGGGUAAUGCUCAGCAGAUAGUUGUAAGUACAACAACAAACCAACAACAACAGUUCAAUUCUUGGAAUAGAAAGGGUUAUGAAUACCUGAGCUUGUUCAAGUUGAGACAUGUUUAUCUGAGCAGUAGAAGGCAAGAAAAACAAUUACUUUCAAAAGCCCUUUGAUCUGUGAAAGAUUAAAAUCAGUUUUUUUUUUUUUUUUUCAGCAAAACCAAAUUAUGCCAAAAAACAGGGGGAAAUGAGGGUGUUUAUUUGUAUGAUAUUUCCCUCCGAGCCAUUGCCUGCGGUGAUUUGGGGGAACAUGGGUACAAAUUAUGAAACAAUUUGUUCCACAUGUGCAUUAAAAAGGUAAAAUUCCUGGUUUGCAUUUUUGCAUUUGGACUUUGAUAUUAAAUGAGUAGAGGUUUCAGAGUGGAUAAGAAAUUGCCUGUAAUUGUGUUUGCACAACUGCAGUCAAAUAAUAUUUUGCACCUCUGCUUCAAAACACAAUGAUAAUGACGUUUUUGAGAAUUAGACAGGGCCAAGGAGGUUGACCGUGACUGAUGGGAAAUGAGAGGCAUGUUGCCAAGACAAAAAAAAAAAAAAAAAGUGAGAAAAAAAGCUAUAGAGAAUGUGUGGUUAUGGUGGUGAGGCAGCAGCAGCAGCAGCAGCAGGAAAGUCUUUGUUUUUUACCAUCUGCACUGUUCUUCAGUUCUCGUAUUUGUCACUGCAGCGUGGAUAAGCAGGCACAUGAAAAGACUGUGUACUUGUACAUAAUUCUAUGUGAGGUUGAGAUUUCUGUGCGUGAGAAAGGGGAACGUGAUAUACUGUACAGUAAGGAGGGCAGGUUCCAUCAGUCAUGACGCAGAAUGAGUGAAGUGGGAACAAUAGGAGGAGGGCGCACACACUGUACAGGAGGAGAUCCUUGGAACAAAAUGUACCUGGAGGGAUUUAUUAAGGUCAGAUAUUCUUUUAAAAACACAAUAAAAAAAAAAAAGUGGCACCAUUCAGUAUAGCAUGCCUGACCUCACUGCACUGAAACAUACUCGACCACACCACUCAGUCAUGCUGUCAUGUCAGGUCUGCUUGGAGAGUUCGCUUCUCUGUGGUUAUGCUGAUGAAGGGGGGGGGAGGCCUGGGCCUGUAGCGGCUCUCAUAGGCCCAGGCAGCGGGAUCCUCCGUCUCCUCCAGUAAGUGGAGACAUGUGAGACCAGUCAGGCUCCAAUUAGGCCCAGACUGUUUCCCAGAAGCGCUGGAGGCCUCCCCCUGCCUCUCGGCCCACCGUGGCGAGAGAAGGGUGCACCCCACGGUGUCCGGACCUGACCUCAGCUGGCAUGAGAAGGGCUCUUUCUUGUAUGGGCUCAUGCAGGCAAAGAAUGUUACACACAGACAGGCAUGCACACACAGACACUGUCACGCAAGGCAUAAGUGCAACACACAGCCUGGUGGACAUUUUCAUGCAAACCAGUUCACAGCUGCGUAGAAUUUGCUUUAACAAAGACGAUUUAUUUUCUCUCGGUUUUAAGCUUUGCAUACAAUCACCAAGUUUAUAUAAGAAGGGCGUUGCUUUGAAGUUGAUAUUUUAGGGUUAAAAGCUAUCCAUCAUGUGAGUCUUAGACAAUAACAAGAAAAUGAGCUGUCAAGGCCAAUUCAGAAAACGGCAUCCCAUCAGAUCUCCUAUAACACUACUGUCAUGUUUAUGCAAGUCCAAAAAGAAAAUUACACACAGACAGGCUGGAGCCCUUUGCAGCUCAUACUCAGAAAUGUUUUUAGAUGGUGCACACUGCAGUGAUUUAGGUGCAUGUACGCAUUGUUGCUUUACUGGAAGAAUAAACCCUGCUCAAAUCACCUCAGGAAUCUCAUGCUCUGCCGAGAGACAGUGAAUUCAUCCUCGGGGCAGGAUUUCUGAGAAAGGGAGUUAAAAGAGCAGCCACAACAAAGUCUCUCCCUCCCUUCACCCCAAUCCACUAUCUCUCCCUCGCUCUCUGCCUUACGCACACUCAUAUAACCGUGCAAACACCGUCUUUACAGUAUAUAACAACAUCUUUGUUCAUAAGCCAGCUGUUGAUGAUGAAGGUUAUAGCAGUGAUAGCGAAAAGCAGUGAAACUUUGGUUUGUGCCCAGCAUGGAGAGUAAAAUAUUGUGGGGAUGUGAUUUGCUGAUUUAGUUCAAAGUAUUUUCCAACAAAUGUGCAGUUGUGAAAGUUUGAAAACUGUCUGUGUCAAAAAUCUUGCAAAACAUUAAAUGAAAACUGGCUGGAGCAGAAAAUAAAAUAAAGUUCUCUGGCCUGCAGUCACUGAAUCUUCAUCUGAAUAUUAAAAUAGUGAAAAACCUGCUAGCUGUUGUUUGCAUGUGAACUGUUGAGUGAAUUGAUCAUUUUUGGCUUGUGUUUGAAAUGAGAUAUGCCUAAUAAAUGUUCUAUCUGAAUGCAAUUUUCCAAUAAACUAUUACCGUCUAUAACUGCUGCA